AUGACUGAGAUCGUGACAAGCCAAACCCCUCCUAUUCUGCACGGGCCGACGGAGAAGGAGAAGAAGUAUGACAGACAGCUUAGACUAUGGGCCGCUAGUGGUCAAGCCGCUCUUGAAUCAGCCAAUAUUCUCCUCGUGAACUCUGGUGCUGGCACUGUGGGUAUAGAGACACUAAAGAAUCUUGUCUUACCAGGUAUAGGAAAGUUCACGAUAGCAGAUGAUGCUACAGUGAACGAGGCUGAUUUAGGAGUCAACUUCUUUCUUGACGAGAGUUGCUUGGGAAAGCUUAGGUCAGAAUGCUGUACGAAGCUACUCCAGGAGCUCAACCCAGAGGUCCAGGGGGAAUGGUUUCCAAAGGAAAAGGGUAUCCUGGAUCUACGCAGCGCUCUUGAGUCUUCAUCUACCUUCACUCUUAUUAUGUAUACGAAUCCUAUUAAAAAGGAACUUCUUUCGAUAAUCCAGUCCUAUGCUAGUCAGCAUAAGACUCCGCUAGUGGCGAUUCAUUCUGCUGGGUUCUAUUCUUAUUUUCGUAUCAGUCUUCCGGGACCCUUUCCAAUAGUCGACACUCACCCCGAGGUAGACAAGACAACGGAUCUUCGACUCCUGAAUCCCUGGCCUGAGCUUAUCGAGUUUUCUCGAGAUAUGACGAAGGACAUCGAUGCUCUGGAUGAUCAUGAACACGGACAUUUGCCGUAUGUUGUCAUACUGCUCCACUACCUUGAGGAAUGGAGACAAUCACAUAACGGCCAGAACCCUACCAGCUACAAUGAUAAGACGGCAUUUAACAAGUUUGUCCUGAGCAAGGCAAGGACCAAUAAUCCAGAGGGUGGGGAGGAGAACUUCCAAGAAGCCGCUACUGCUAUCAAUAAGAACAUCAAGGUUCCCGAAUUAGAGCCUGGUGUACAAGAAAUCUUUAAUCACCAAGUCGCAAAUGAGAUCGAGCUCCAGUCAUCUUUCUGGGUUAUCGCAAAGGCGAUUGAGGCAUUCUACAACAAACAUGGUUGUCUCCCCCUGCCUGGGGCAUUACCCGAUAUGAAGGCCCAGUCUACUGUCUAUGUCAAACUGCAAAGUAUAUACAAGGCAAAAGCUCGGCGAGACGCCCAGGAGGUACUGGAAACUGCUAGGGCCUUACCUGGUGGCAAAGAUGUUGAUCCCGCCGAGGUAGACCUCUUCUGCAAGAACUCUCGAUUCGUGAAGCUCAUCAAUGCAACGCCAACCAGUGAAGAUCUCGAUGCAAUCUUUGACGCUGAGAUGAUGAACGACGAGGCGGCCGAGGCUAUGAAGGUCGAGACCGAGGGGGCAUUUACUCUCUCCCAUGUCUAA